UUCAUUCAUAUUUGGUCUUCCGGAAGUAUCUCAGGGUCGGGCCGUUCAGUGCCUGCGCGAGCUGACUCGUGGGAUUGAUGCCUUAGAUGAGUAGAAGGUCCUGACUGAUGGCAGUAGCAGAGACAUGGGUGAAAAUCAGCAGUUACAUCAGAUGGGAAAGGAACUGGCAAUGGUGCCAUUACAUGGAUUAUGCAAGAUUGUGUGGCACUGUCAGGCAAUAUUUCAAUGUUCUCUCAGAAGUUGCUAUGCGCAAACAACAAACAUUGGACAGGAUAGGUGAGACCAUUCCACAUAUUAAGUGGACUGAUCUUACUGCCACCAAAGAAAGCCAAAUGUCUGUGGGUCAGGAGAGUGAGUUAUCAGAUGAGGGACUCUCAUUGAGGACUGAGUCUAAGGACAAAGUGACCCCAGAUGUGUUUCUUGAUCCACCACAAGAUCAGACAGAAGUUAUAAAGGAUUACAACAAGCAGAACUCGCCAAAAAAUGAAUCUGACUCAGUCCAGAUGAGUCUUCUUGAAAACCAGAUUGUUGAAGAUAAAUUAGUCCCUUUUCAAGAGAACACAAGGAGUCUACCAACAAACAUGCAGCUGAUACCCAAGAUAGAGUCUGAUAAUGCUACGACAGAAGCUUGUGAGGUAACAACCAAAGCUACAAACAUUGCCAACAUCUCAUCCAAUGAUUUACUAGAGAUUAAGGUUCAACGACAAUCUAUUUUAAAUAAAGGUUUUCAUAAUGACAAACUACCGUCACCUGGUGGAGGCAAUCACACAAGCAAGGAGUUGUGUAUUGAGAAUAAAACACAGGUUGUUGAUGUGGCACAUGGAAGAGGGAGUAAACUUAGGAUGGACCUAAAUGAAAACAAAGAAAAAUUAGAAUAUAGCAUUGAAGAUUAUAAAACACAAAUUUUAUGUAACGUAAGAGAGGAGAGACUUGAUAUCGGAAGGAACAUUGCAGUGACAAGUUCUUUGGGACAAUAUGAAGAAGACAUGGUAUUAGAUUUAAGCCUACCAAAAAAGAAAGACCGAAAUAAGGAGAGGAAGUGUGAAUGGGUUGUAGACCCUGAAUAUGAAGGUUCACUUCAUAUGGAAGUUGAUGAAAUUGAGGAGGAGCCUCAACAUGUCGAAGUGGAGCAGGAGGACGACAAUGAAAUUUGCUGCAUUUCAUCAGUAAGUGACACUCAUACAUAUCUGCCUCAGCAUUGGGAUGGACAUCUUUCCUCCUCUUCGCUUGAAGCCAUGGCAACUACAUCGUAUCCCAACAUUAUAACCCCAGAUCCAAUGGAUACACUACUUAUAGAUGACCAGGGCAUUCCUUACACACUUACUGCAGAUGGACAGAAAGUUCCACAAAUUGAUAAUAUACAACACACUGAGGGCCUCUAUAAACAAACAGAUCUAAGCCCAGGACAAGCUGAAGAUAAGCCCUCAUUCAUUGCUGAUGUACAGGAUAUUGCAGACUCAAGACUACAGACACUACCCAAUUCACUGUGUCCAAAUAUGUCUAUAGGCCAUGUCUCAGUGGAAACCUCACAAGUUUCCCCAAACCAGGAGCCAAAAUCUUCUUACAGUUCUGUAGCUCUUGAUAAACCCUCCAUCAUACCUGCCAUGUCUGACUUGGCAUCAGUUCCUAUUCAGAUUGUGGCUAAUACUACAGGGUCAAACACUCCCAUUCUUCUUCUUCCUCCAUCUCAGCUUCAGUCUCUUUCCUCACCGGCCUCUAAAGCUAACCCAGGGCUAAUUACCCUUUCCUUACCAGUUCCUCUUAGUCAGAACACUCAGUCCUCCCCCAUGUUCCUAGUUUUGUCAUCUCCUCAGGUGUCCUCAACUCAGAGUUCAUCCUCGCCUGGGCAGUUAUCUCAAAUUUCCUCUUCUUCCACUGUUGCACUUCCCUUAGCAAGUUGUCCACUUGAUUUGGGAUCUACAUUAAGUUCACGUACGUCACUUCUCAGCCUCAGCACAGUUUCCUCUGCCACAGCUACAGACAUCUCAGGACUGAAUAACCCUUCUAAUCUUCCUGCUAGCCCUACCUCAUCAACUGCUUCCUCUAGCACUUCCACAGUGACCUCUACUAGUCCAAUCAAGCAAUUCAGCACUGAUGCCUACUCCGACACACCAGUGCCCACUUCCUUUCGGGAAGCCCUUCUCAGAUUGGCUGUGUCUGUGGAGAAGAAACAAGAAAACCAGCCUGAGACACAUUCGGUCACUACUCCUUCAUGUUCUGAAGCCACCAAGCCGGAUUCCUCUGCCACAGUCCAUGAAAGUAAAAAUAAGGAGACAGAGGUAAACUGUGACGGUGAGACUGAGUCUACCUCGGUAGGCCAAACAGACUCAUUAGAUGCCACCUCUUCUACAUCACCCGUCCAUCCUGUAUCACCCGGAAUUCUAAUCAAUGACCCAAAGAACGAAGCAUUAGACCCUCGUCGCAUUCUUUACUGUCAGUACUGUCCGCGGGUCUUCUACUAUCUUUCGGACCUUGAGCGCCAUUCCAUCACACACUCCCAAAGCAAACCCCAUGUAUGUCACCUUUGUGGCAAGGCGUUCAAAAGAUCAAGCCAUCUUGAGCGACACAAACACAUCCAUACAGGUCAGAGGAACUUUGUGUGCCAGCUUUGCCCAAGACGUUUUCGUGAAUCAGGGGAACUAAUGAGGCACCAGAGAGUACACACCGGUGAGAAACCCUUUCAGUGCUUAAUAUGCCACAUGCGUUUUGCAGAGCGCAACACACUGCGACGUCACACGAAGCGCAAGCACCAAGGCCAGCAGCUGGAGGCGAUGGACAUGAAGGCAAAGCCAGAAAGUGGAGGGAUUUCCCUUGCUGGUAUACAAGGAGAGCCAGCAGAGAAUGCGGAGUGGUACAGUUCAACAGUUCCUGAAAUGGAGUCUGACAGUGACACAGAGGGGGAAUGAGAACUACAUGGAAGGCAUGAACGAAUAGAUUUUCUUUAAGUUUUAAAAAGAUAAGCAAAGUUGUAAAUACAUUUAAUUUAUUUUGUAUUGAUAUAAUAAUUCCUUACUUCUCACUAGUUCCAUAUUAUUGUCUAUAUUUCAUUCCAUUAACUCUCGAGACCUUUACUGGUGAUGACUGAACUCUGCAAUAUUCAACUUCGGAUUCAUUCUAAUAAGCUUCAGUUAUUGAGUUAGACCUCUUGAUGAAAUACAUUUGUUUUGAUUCUUUACCUUGAAUAACUUUGAAAUACCCUUAUUUGCUUUUUAUUUAUUGUUCUCAUUUCAGUUUUUCGCAUAUGCAGCAUCUUUCUUCAAGGGUGUGAUGUAGUUACUGUAAAAGACUAAAAGGCUCAUUAUUGUUAUUUAUAAUUUUGUAUUAUGAUCUCUUGAAGUCAAGGAAUUGCCUAGAUUAGUGCAUCAGUAUAUCUAGGCCCAUUAAUGACUAGGCCCACACAAAAGUUGCAGCCACAAAACUCCACAGAAUUGGAACAUACAUCAUUCUCAAAGUUCUGCUACAAAUCUUCCACUCCUUUCAUUGUGAUACUCCACCUGACCUGCAGAGGACAGUUUGGGGUUGUGUCCUCUUUAAACUUUCAAACUUGCAUUGUACAAAUCUUCUGACCUGGCACAUCCAAUGUUGUCAUUUACACCUUUUGUUUUCUGUUGUUUUUAUUGGCAUUCUUCAUCAUCUGGUUGUAGAGUUUACAGGUUAACACAUUGUCUUGUUUGCAUAUGUUCU